AUGAAUACUUUACUAUCGACCAACAAUUACACGGGCCUGUUCCGGAAUUUAAGGAAAAAAAUCGACUCUUUCCCGAACUCUCGAUGCGCAACAGCGUCUGACUGCAUCCGACCCAUCAAACCAGAAUCUAAAAUCGUACUCCUCGAGGCCAAUGUUUACCUCAAAGAUGCGAUCAGGAAUGAUUUUAAAAAGACUGGAAAGUGCAACUUGCAAAUAGCAAAAGAAGAAUUCAUAGCCAUCAUGUCGACGCUUGUUCUACAGAAAAACAGUCCCUACACGCAAAGCAUGCAGCAAGGGUACGAAAUGGUUCGAGUGACUGAAGGCAAAGGGGAGCCAUCAGAAAAAGGACCAGGACUUUUUAACUAUUUGUGGAAUCAAAAAUCCGAUUUCCUGGUUCACGAUACGAUCCCGACAUUUCAGUACAAUUCAGUCGUUGAUUUUACAAUGCCAUGGAUUUACGACUAUUUCUCUUUCCUCAUUCCCGUCCCUGAUGAAUCGGCCAACAUCAACGCCGUCGUCAAACCUUUUCAAUGGCCGUAUCUACUAUUUGAUCACCAGGUUUGGUUAGGACUGGGGAUAUCGAUCGUUUGCGUCAUCGCAGUUUUGAAUUUAAUCCAGCGCUACUUGGAAUAUCGAUCGGUAAUUGUAACACCUUCACGAUCAAAAGACAAUCCAGCACUGACUGAAAAAGUUAUCGCCAAAGGAGAGACCGGAAAACAAUACCUUUACGUCUUCGGCAAUUUGCUAUCACAAGGUGGACCUUGUAGGUCGGGAAAAUUACCCUAUCGACUAGUCGCUGGCGUUUGGAUCCUGGCCGCUUUCAUCUUCGUCCAGGCCUACACGUCCACUCUCUUCACUUACGUCGUGACGCCAAUCGAACAACCGCUAAUCAAAUCUGUCUUCGACAUUAUCAACAAUGGCGAUAUCAAUUUACUGGUCAGGGAAUCGGGAACAAUGUAUCCUUUAAUAGCGACCAACAAUUACACGGGCAUAUUCGGGCAUUUGAGGAAAAAAAUCGACUCCUACCCGAACUCUAAAUGCCCAUCUUUUCGAAGCUGCGCUGAAGCUGUCAAAUUAAAAUAUGGAAACGUCUACCUUGAGACAAGAAAUUACCUAAAAGAUGAGAUCAGGAGUGAUUAUAAAACGACUGGAAAAUGCCACCUUCAAUUUGCAAAAGAAGAAUUCAUCACCUUUGUUUCAUCGUUUGUUCUACAGAAAAACAGUCCCUACACGCACAGCAUGACCCUAGGAAUAUUGAAUCUGCAAGAAAUUGGCCUAGUCGACUUCUGGGACUCGUGGUUCCGCCCAAUGCCUCCUCAAUGUCCCGGAAGACCCAAAAAAGAAAAAAAAUCAAACAAACUUUCGCCACUUUCCCUGAAAAAUUUGACUGGCGCAUUUGUCGUUUUAUCGGUUGGAUUGAGCCUUUCCCUUUUGGCUUUUCUCGGCGAAAAAAUUGUUUCUAGACGUGAGCAGUUUCGCAUUCGCAAAGAUAAAAAGUUGCAACAAGACGCAAAUAAAUUUAUUGAGGUGUCAUCCCAAAAGACAGAAGAACCCAUCAUCCUCGAAUAA